AUGGAGAGGGCACAGAGAAUGAAGAGCAGCAACAAUAAUGCAGAGCUGAGAGUAGUGAUGGGUCUAUUAGAAUUGCCAUUAGAUAUCCUCCUAAACAUCCUCUCAAAAUUGCCGGCCGAAUCACUUUUCCUCAUCCGAAGCGUGUCUAAGGCCUUGUUAAACAUUGUUGAUGACCCCUCUUUUGCUAGAGCACUACGUCACAACGUGCAUCUACAAGUGCCGCAACUUAUGCUUUUCGAUGAUCAUGGAGGAUACUAUCGUUGCUCUGCAGGGACGAUUCAACUUUUAGCAUCACUGCGAUCUAUGAAAUACGAUGGCUGCAGGGACUUGACAGAAGGCCGACAUGGAAUUAGUGUCAGCGUAAGGAGAAAAACAGACAACCGCGAGUGGUCGUAUUUCCAAAACGAUUUUGUCUUCUGCAACUUGUUUUUCCUGAGAAAAUGCAGAUAUGAUGGUGGUGGAAGCCCUUGCUUCUUAGUCAAUCCUCUUAGGGGAGGAGAGGUUCUAAGACUUCCAACCUUGAAUAAGUAUUCCAAUGUAAGAAAGGACUGGUAUGGUAUGGGAUUUGAUAGUCUAACAAACGCACACAAGAUUGUUCGUGUUUCCAGAGUUACUAAUGAUACGGAGAACCGUCUUGUUACCCAAGUUCUUGUAUUAGGCGAGAACUCAUGGCGAGAGAUACCUUCGGUUCCCCCUGAUGACUUGAAUUCUAACAUUUAUACGAAGAACGCAUGUGCCAAUGGAGACAUGCAUUGGUUAAUUUGGUUAAUUAGAGAGAAGAAGGGAAAUAGUGAAGAAACAUACCACAUAAUUUCUUUCGACUUCAAGAGAGAAGAGUUCUAUUGGACUCCUCAUCCCUUGUUAGAAAGCUCGAACGUACGAGUCGAGUGGACAAAGUUACAGUUGCUUACUCUAAGAGGAUCUCUGGCCCUGGUGUGUGCUUCAUCAUCAGAAGCUGGGGCGGCGGAUAUUGAGAUAUGGGUGUUGAAAGAUUAUGAUAAAAAAGAGUGGACGCGAGAUUACAUCAUAAACAGCAAACAUUUUAGUAUUCAUGGUUCUUGCCAUGAAUGGGAGCAUGGCAUAUUUUUCGAUACGAAUAUGGAUACAGUCUUUGUGGAUCUCAAUUGUUUUUCUGUGAAUCGUAUAAAAUACCGUGCUACCAUCUUGAGCUAUACUUGGAGCUUGGUUUCCUUGAACGAAUAUGGCAAUUUGGUUAAAGAUCUAGCUGAAGAACCAUCAGAGUAUGGAGGCCUGGAAAGUUAUAACAAAUUGACUUAUACUUUCGAUAGAACAGAGAUUCCAGUGAAUGGCAACUUGACAAGCAUGUUGAUGAUUUUGGCUCCCAAAGUUGUCCAAUUACGACAUGCUGAGACUGCAGGCAUUGUGGAUUGUAUUAUAUCAAAGACUCGAACCUGCUCUUGGUCCAGCAUAACACAGUUGGGAUUGGGAGUUUGA